GGAGACCAGAUAUAGUGAAUGCAGGGUCCUGGGAGACCAGAUAUAGUGAAUGCAGGGUCUGGGAAGACCAGAUAUAGUGAAUGCAGGGUCCUGGGAGACCAGAUAUAGUGAAUGCAGGGUCCUGGAGACCAGAUAUAGUGAAUGCAGGGUCCGAGGAGACCAAAUAUAGUGAAUGCAGGGUCCAGGGAGACUGGAUAUAGUGAAUGCAGGGGUCUGGGGAGACCAGAUAUAGUGAAUGCGGGGUCCUGGUUUAGUAACACUUUAAGGUAGAACAGCAUUUUGUCUAACGUCAAUGAGUGGCACGUGUCU